AUGACCAACAAACCCUCUGGCCUAGACGGCUCAAUAUGGGCAAACGGUCGCUCUAGCCGCAGCUCACCUGCCAUCUCAAACCGAGCCAUCUCACGCCCCCCCUCACAACCGCCUCCACUGGCAUCCUCAUCAGCACCCAAACCUGCCCUCACCUCGACAACACGCUUAACACCAGCGCAAGCGUUUCACCGCUUUGAGCAGGCGUGUCAAAGACUGCGGUGGAAGUUUAUCGAUCUCCACGCCUCUUAUCAACGGGCUACGAAUCCGGACGAGUUUGGCUUUACGAAAGGGGAUGCGGAGCAGAACUUCAAGGUUGACUUUCAUGAGUUUUAUGUGUGGAUUGAGCAAGCCAUCGUGUUACUUCUUCUCAUCUUUGGUGUUACAGUCUCUAAAUCUGCGAGACCUGAGGAUAACAUCUCCAGAGGGAACUUUGGCAGGGGAAACUAUGUGGCUGCGGGACAUGCGUAUCACCACAACGUGUUGAAAGCGCUUGAAGAUGAAGCGUGUCCUGUGUACAAUGCACUAGGAAAGGGAGAAGUGAACCAAGCGCUAUGGAAAGCCAAAGAACUACGGAACCGAUGGAAAGAUGCCAGUGAGGGAAAAGAGACGCCACCACUUAAGAUGUACGAUCUGACGUGGAUCGUGACGGAGGUGUUGCGCGGGUUAGAGGUCGCGUACGGCAUAGCUUCGUCGCAUGUUGAGCAGGAGCUGGCUCAGCAGCAUGAGAGUCUGGAUGAGGCCAUGGUCGUGGAUGAUGAGUGGGAGUGGAUGGUGGAACCGAUGGACUGGGAGGCGGCGUGA